AUGAAUGGGAGGCGGGCGGCGCUGGCGGGCACAGCUGCGGCACCGCGCCCGGGCCGGCACCGCCACCGGCACCGGCUCCCGGCGCUGCCUCCCGCCGCGGGGCUCCGCCGGCCCGGGCCGCACGUCUCCCUUCCCUCUUCUCUCCCCUCCGCCGCCCUUGCCCCCGGGCCAAUAAAAUGAUGCAAAGCUCCGCGCUCGCUGCCGAAGGGGCUGUCAAGGGGCUUCCCGAGAUCCUCGGUGUGCCGGUGCAACAGAUCCCCCAGUGUGCCGGCUGCAACCAGCACAUCCUGGACAAGUUCAUCCUCAAGGUCCUGGACCGGCACUGGCACAGCUCGUGCCUCAAGUGUGCUGACUGCCAGAUGCAGCUGGCUGACCGCUGCUUCUCCCGGGCCGGCAGCGUCUACUGCAAGGAGGACUUCUUCAAACGUUUUGGGACCAAAUGCACGGCGUGCCAGCAGGGCAUCCCCCCCACCCAGGUGGUCCGCAAGGCCCAGGACUUUGUGUACCACCUGCACUGCUUCGCCUGCAUCAUCUGCAGCCGGCAGCUGGCCACGGGAGAUGAGUUCUACCUGAUGGAGGACGGGCGGCUGGUCUGCAAGGAGGACUAUGAGACAGCCAAGCAGAACGAUGACUCUGAAGCGGGUGCUAAGCGACCCCGGACCACCAUCACGGCCAAGCAGCUGGAGACCCUGAAGAACGCCUACAAAAACUCCCCCAAGCCUGCCCGGCACGUGCGGGAGCAGCUCUCCUCUGAGACAGGGCUCGAUAUGAGGGUGGUGCAGGUGUGGUUCCAGAACCGCCGUGCCAAGGAGAAGCGGCUGAAGAAGGACGCGGGGCGGCAUCGCUGGGGCCAGUUCUACAAGAGCGUGAAGCGGAGCCGCGGGGCUGGGAAGCUGGAGAAGGAGAGCUCGGCCGAGGACUGCGGCGUCAGCGACAGUGAGCUCAGCUUCCGCGAAGACCAGAUCCUCUCCGAGCUCAGCCACACCAACAGGGUUUACGGCACCGUGGGGGACGUGGCGGGCGGACAGUUGCUGAACGGCAGCUUCUCCAUGGAAGGGACAGGACAGUCGUACCAGGACUUGCGGGACGGCAGUCCCUACGGCCUCCCCCAGUCGCCAUCCUCCAUCUCCUCCCUGCCCUCCCACCCGCCUUUGCUCAACGGGCUGGACUACGCCAUGGACGGCAGCCUGGGGCUGGUGGCCCACGGGGCGCAGGGGGUGAGUCAGACGCUGCGGGCCAUGGCCGGGGGGGGCCCCACCUCCGACAUCUCCACAGGGAGCAGCGUCGGGUACCCAGACUUUCCCACCAGCCCGGCCUCCUGGCUGGACGACAUGGAUCACCCCCCUUUCUAA